CACAGACCCCUUUGCCUGCUGCUGCCCCACAGGGAACAGGAGCCACUUUAGGAUCCCAAAGGAGCAAGAGGGACCAGGAGGUACCAAGAGGGACCAGGAAGAGCCGCUGAUCUGCACAGACCCCUUUGCCUGCUGCUGCCCCACAGGGAACAAACAGGGAGCUGCUGAGGAGCCACAUGGUCCAUCCCUGGAUUCUCCUAGCACCGACUGCCCAUCCACUCUGACCACAGCCAGGGGCCACAUCCCACUGCCUGCCCAGCGUCCAUCCAUGGAGGUGACCACCAUGUCCCCAUCUCCUGCCUCACCCACUGAAGAAGAUAAUACAUGUGGAAUUGAUAUCACUGAUGCGGCCAUAGUUGGCAUCAUACUGUUUAUCUGCCUCUGUGGGCUGGCUGGGAACGGGGCUCUGCUCUGCCUCCUCAGGUUCUGCAGGAACCCCAUCACAGUCUAUAUCUUCCAUUUGGCUGUCGCCGACUUCAUUUUCCUGCUCUUUGUGGCCACCUCCCUCCUGCUCCACCUGCUGGAGGAAGUUUCCUGCUACACUAUUACGCUCCGGGAGUACCUGAAGUUGUUUUUCCAGCUCUCGCUGUUCUCUUACACCACGGGGCUGUACCUGCUGACAGCCAUCAGCAUCGAGAGGUGCACAUCCGUCCUCUGCCCGCUCUGGUACCGCUGCCACCGUCCCCGGCACCUAUCAGGGUUCAUGACUGUCCUUCUCUGGGCCCUCCCCUUUGUUACAGUGGUUAUCCUGUGCCUAUCACUGAGGCCCCAGCACUGCCAGGUGACUCUCAUCUCCAUGAAUGCCCUCAACCUCCUGCUCUUUGCUCCAGCCAUGCUCAUUUCCAGCACAAUUCUCUCCAUUAAGGUAAAGUGUGGCUCCCAGCAGCAGCAGCAGCAACCCAAGAGACUUGACAUCGUUAUCUUCCUCACUGUGCUCUUCGUCCUCCCCUUCACUCUCCCACUCAGCCUCUGGAGUUUUCUGCAGCAGUUCGGCUACACCAUGGUGUCAGCCAAAGUGGUUUUCCUGCUCGCCUGCACCCGCAGCACCUUCAACCCCUUCAUCUGCUUCUUGGUGGGGAGCUGCAGGUGGCCCUGCUCCAUGGAAGGUUGCAGCAGGCCCUGCUCCAUGGGGUCCCUAAGGAAGGCCCUCCUGAGAGUCUUUGGGGACGCAGAAGAAAACGGUGCCUGCAGCAAUGAUCCCAUCAUGGACAUUGUGCUCUGAACCUGUUGAUUCCUGCCACAGCACUGCUGAAUAACCCCGCGACAGCAGCUGAGGGAUUCCUUGAGUGACCUGAUCAAUAAAUAUCCACAGUAUCACCCUCCCUCUGCUGGUGCAUCCUCACCCUCUUUCUGGUCCACGCUAAGAUCUCAGAAACGCUCCUGGCCAAUGAAUUCCGUUGUGCUGAUGCUUAGUAUUAAAGCCAUUUUUACUAAU